AUGUCAGGCCCUAUUUCCGCACAGGCUGAGGCCCUUGUCUCCAAAAUUAAGAACUUUGAGACUUCGAAGGACAAUCUCAGUCGAGCUGAGCGUCUUCAAUUGGUUCAAUCUUUGGAGAAGUUGACAUUGCAACUGAAAGAUCCCAAGGAUGCGAUUUUCGAUCAUCUGACCAAUGUCUUCUCCCUCGUCAACUUGCGAGCUUUGCUGGAGUUGGAGGUGCCGCAGAAUAUUCCCACGACAGGAAGUAUUUCAGCAACAGAACUGGCCGAGAAAGUCAAGGCUGAUGCAUCGUUGAUUGCCCGCCUCAUGCGAAUACUGACUGUGACCGGUAUCUUUGCCAUGGUUGGCCCUGAUGAAUAUGCUCAUACGCCCUACUCCAUGGCUUACAUUGAGGGACAUGAAGUGGACUUUCUCAAAUUGUGCUGCGAUGAAAUCCUUACGAACACCUCCCGUCUUCCUGAAUAUUUUCGUGCAGUCGGUGGCCGCGACACUACCAGCAUGACUGAAAACCCCUUUUCAUGGGGAAAUGGCAAGCUAGGAUCCAGCUUCUUCGAGAUCAUUUCUCAAGACCCACGCCGAAUCAAGCAAUUCAACGUCGCCAUGUCUACCCAGGACCACACGUUGCCCGUUUUGGGAAUGUACCCCUUUGGCGAAGAGCUCCGUGAUCUUCCUGAUCUGGGUAAUAGAGCUUUGAUCGUUGACAUCGGCGGUGGUAGAGGCCAGUCAUUGUUACAGAUCAAGGAGAAGUGGCCUGAGCUACGGGGAAGAAUGAUCCUUCAGGAUCGACCAAUGGUCCUCAACUCGUUUCCUGAUUUGCCUGGUAUUGAGAAGAUGCCUCAUGAUUUCUUCACUGAGCAGCCUGUGAAAAACGCGCAUGCAUACUACAUCCGCCGCUGCAUACACAACUGGACAGACGAACACUGCAUCCAAAUUCUGAGAGCGAUCGUUCCAUCUAUGGCUUCUGACUCCCGCGUUCUCAUCGGUGAAAUGGUCGUCCCAGAAUUCAACAGUGUUCGCCCCGGUGGAGUCGAGGAUAUGGCUCCUUACUGGAUGGACCAUAAUAUGUUUGCAUUUGGUGGACGGGAGCGCACAAAGUCGGAUUUCGAGAAGCUUUUUACUGCUUCGGGUUUGAAGUUGGUUAAGGUGUGGCAGAGUGAGGCAUCGAGUCAGGCUGUGUUGGAGGCGAAGUUGGCUGACUAA